AUGAACAACGAUCUGCGACAGUUAGCAUAUGAUCAUAUGCGUUACAUCGCCGUACCACAUCUCGCUCAAUCGCACAUCUCGGAAUGCUCGAUUGAACCGAUCGUUAAUCAUAACCCAUUCUCGUAUAAUCACGAGCAGGUGUUCGCGAAUGAAGAAGAGUUACGUAAUUACGUGCGAGAGAAGGGAUGGCUGAAAUUCAAAGAGUUGAAACGUGUUCAGAAAGGUGGACAUGCGAUCUAUUAUUAUUGUAAAGCGAUUAAGUGGAUGAAUGUGCGUUGCAAGCAUAUGAUGUUGGUGGUUAAGGAGGACAACGGACUUAUCAUUGGACGUACCACCGAUGGAGGAUUACCGCACUCACACGCUGGUAUGAGGACACCCAAACGAGGACCGAAACAAAACAGUAAAUUCAUUUUAUAUAUUUCACUUAUAAUGCCUCCGCUGCGAUACCGCAUAGGGUUACCAGUGGAGAAGCGCGAUUUGGGGGUACAGACGUCACUUGCCGAUUGUAAUGAUUCUAACGUGAUGGAUUGCUCAGCAAUACCCUCAAGAACGUUAUUCGAGGAUGGUUUAAAGCAAACCAGAUCAACUUCACGUAGACUAAAUUUCACCAAUAAUAUGCAUAUGACGCACACACAAGAGACUUCACAACUGUUAAGUACGAUGGAUAGUGAAGAGUUUAGUGAAAUUUUGGCCGAUGCAACUCCACGUUUGAUUGAAAAAAUGCGCGAUGUAUACGAGGCUCGUAAGGAAGACGAAGAACGCGACAUUGCAGCGACCUUCAUGAACGCAUCAUCGGAUCUCAUCGAUAAAAUGAUUCGCGUUCACCGUUUACAGAGCCAACUCAAACAGUCAUCAACUUUAAACAGUAACACAACACUCACAUCUGAGCUCAGCAAUUCAACCGCCGAUGAUUUAUUCUCGAACGCUUCGCCUGAACUAAUCGAAAAGCUCAAACAACUACAUCAAGAGAAGAAACAACGAGAAGAAGAAAAUGCACUGAAACUUUUUUCAGCAAUGUCAGAGAGCAAGCAAUGCGAAGUGCUCAAUUUUUAUUAUGAUCAGUCAAUGCAGUAA